UACCUAAAAAUAAUCAAAAGCCCAAAUGCCCACCCCUGGGUGAACUACUGGACAGCAUGGUAUGUUAAUAAACUAGGAUAUUACAUUUUUAUUAGUAGUAAUAUUUUUAUUAGGAUAAGUUAGGAUGAGAAAGACUGUCGGCAAUGAUGGGUGAAGAUAUAGAACUCAGACUGAUAUGAAAAAGAGAGGGUAAAUAGUGCCUGGUUUAGAAUAUUGACAACUGUUUUGUUUCAUUUCGUUUCUCUUAAAACUUAGAUCUUUGUUUAACUUCUUUUUGGAUAAUUAAAUUUGUAAAAGGAAAGAAAAGAAUGAUUUGUUAAAAUUCACGUGAUUAUUUUAAACAUUGGAAGCAAAAUACAAGAUCUGUAUUUCAUGUUACAUUGCCAUUUCCAUCGGACAUUUGGAUGCGUGUGUGGCGUAGGGGUGAGAAAUCUCCCACUGCGAGAGAAAUCUGGGAGGGGCAUGUGGGAGAGGCCCUUUCUGUCCCACUGAUAACACGUUCAUUCACUGGGAGCCAGCUGAAACGGACUAAUCCUUCGUGCAGUCAUUCCCUCCGCCCUAAUAAGGCUUCGCUGCCUCUCCCUGAACUCGGUCCAAGGGAUGUCCCUCUCUUGGCCCUGCCGUCACUGAAGCGCCCACGGGUCCCAAAAGAGCCGACCUGAGCGCAGACAUCGCGGGCCAUGAGUGCUCUGAGGCUGCGAGCGUCGCUCUCGCUGCUGCUGCUGCUGGGCGGCUGUGUCCUCUCAGCCGUCCGAAGGGACAAGGGGCGCGCUGGCAGCGCAGCAGAGCUGGCCCUGGGUCCCGCAGGCCCCUCCUCUGGCCGCUUCGUCAGUCCCGAGCGCCACGCGUGCAGCUGGCAGCUCCUGCUGCCCGGCCCGAGGCCCGCGGCCGGCAGCGAGCUGGCUCUGCGCUGCCAGGGCCCGGCCGGGACGCGCCUGCACUGCGCCUACCGCGGGGAGCCGGAGAGCUGCGCCGCCUACGCCGCGCGCCGCGGGCGCUUCUGGAAGCAGGUGCUGAGCCGGCUGCGCAGGAUGCGGCGGCCCUGCCACGACCCCGCGCCGCUCACCGCCCGCCUGUGCAACGGCAAGAAGGGCCGCGGCGCCAAGCUGCGCCUGGUGCCCUACCCGUCCCCACCCGCCGGCCCCACUGCGGGGAGCUUCCCCCGGGAUCUCAAGCCCGGAGCCGGGAGCCAGGGUCGACCCCAGGAGCCCGCGCCAGGCCCUCCCGCAGGGGCCCGGCCUCCCCCGAGCGCUCCGCCCAAAGAGAAGCCCUCUGAGAAGAAGACCAAAGACGGCAAGAGGAAGGCGGCCUCGGACCCCGAAGAGGAGCGACCGCUGGGGACCGGGCCCGACCCUGACGGACUGGAUGAGAACGCGAAGCUCACGGAGACCUACUGCGCUGAGGAGUGGCGCUCCGUCUGCAAUUUCUUUGUCAGUUUCUGGAAUGGCUGAGGCUGCCGGCCCGGGGAGGGACAUCCGGGCGGGGGUUGGGGAGGAGGUAGCUAAGGGCGUUAUUUAGGCCAAGAGAUACGGGAUAGAGAGUGGAGGAGAGUCCAGGUUCUAGAAUGGGGCGGGGCUGGGGGUGGCUUGGGUUGAGAGUGUAAGGGGUAUGAAGAAUAUCUGAGACAGCAAAGAAGUUAAAAAUUUUGAAGAGUCUCGACUCUGAUUAACAGCAGAAGAAAUAGUGGAAACAGAAGUAGGCAUACCUUAAAUGUGCGAAAAUUGUAGGCUGGGGAGAGAGAUGGACACAGGCUGAAAAACAUGAGAGGAAAACAGUGAUUGAAGUGAUGUGAAUCUCAUGUGGAAAGUAGGAUACAUGUAUACUGUUUAACAUUUAUAUUAAAAGGUAAUAAUGAGCGGUUGAUAACCUGA